UUUUACCAUUUCUGCAUAGUAAAUAAAAUUACAAAAAUGCCGAAAGAAAGAAUACAGAAGAAAUCUAGAAACCAUCAGCAGGUUAGAGCAGAAGGAAUUCAGUUCAAAACUGAGCAUGGUCAACAUAUCCUAAAGAACCCACUUAUUGUCAAUGCCAUUAUAGAUAAGGCUUCAAUCAAGAGUACAGAUACAGUUCUUGAAAUUGGUCCUGGUACAGGUAACAUGACUGUCAAGAUGUUGGAAAAAGGUAAAAAGGUGAUUGCAUGCGAGUUAGAUCCGAGGAUGGCUGCAGAGCUGCAAAAAAGAGUGCAGGGAACCCCAGAAUCGAACAAGUUGCAUUUAAUUGUUGGAGACGUGAUGAAAACAGAUUUGCCAUAUUUUGAUUGUUGUGUAGCGAACAUGCCAUAUCAGAUUUCAUCGCCAUUUGUGUUCAAGUUGUUACUUCAUCGACCAUUCUUCAGAUGUGCUGUACUUAUGUUUCAACGUGAAUUCGCUCAAAGAUUAGUUGCGAAACCAGGUGACAAGCUUUAUUGUCGUCUCUCAAUCAAUACCCAGUUGCUAGCAAGAGUGGAUCAUCUGAUGAAGGUUGGUAAAAACAAUUUCCGUCCACCUCCCAAAGUGGAAUCAAGUGUUGUGAGAAUAGAACCCAAAAAUCCACCACCGCCAAUUAAUUUUCAGGAAUGGGAUGGCUUAGUGAGGAUUGCAUUUGUAAGAAAAAAUAAAACUUUGGCUGCAUGUUUCAGUUCUAAGGCGGUAAUAGAGAUGUUGGAGAAGAAUUACAAGGUUCAUUGUUCCAUGAACGAUAUUAUGGUUGAUGCAGAUUUUAGUAUGAAGGAUAAAGUCAACGAUAUACUUUCAAAUAAUGAUUUUGGAAAAAAACGAGCAAGAACGAUGGACAUUGAUGAUUUCUUACUACUUCUUAAUACUUUCAACACGAAUGGGAUCCAUUUUGCUUAGUCAACAUUUCUUUUGAUAAAAAAAAGAUAUUGUUGCCACCAUGCUGAGUCGUAGUUGUGUGGUAGACGUGAAAGCUGUACCACAGUAACAGGAGCAUCAAUCGAUUAUGAAGUCGUUCUAAAGAAGAAGACAUAAUGUGAUAUACGCGGAUAGAGCAAAAUAUUUUCUAAAUGGACGCAGUACACCAGAACAUCAAUAGGAACAUUGUUUAUGAUCUUUGAAUUACUAUUUUUUGGUUUAUGGAUUGAAUACAAAAGUGCGAAUUAAAUGCGUCUCACGAUAA